UGACACCACUCAUUAUUUUGAAAUAUGAUGAGUCUCUCUUACACUUCAUUUAUGCUGCGCCGGACAUGUUUAUCAUCCCAUCUAUUGUUGAGCCUUGUGGGCUUACACAGAUGAUAGCAAUGAGAUACGGUUCCAUACCUAUUGCAAGAAAAACUGGUGGUCUUAACGACAGUGUAUUUGAUGUUGAUGAUGACACAAUACCUCUCCAGUUUCGAAAUGGAUAUACUUUCACGACUCCUGAUGAGAAGUGCUUUGGAACGAGCAUUUGAUCACUACCGAAACAACUACAAGAGUUGGCAAGAGCUUGUUCGCAGUGACAUGAAUAUGGAUUUCAGUUGGGAGUCUUCAGCAUCGCAAUACGAGGUAUCUAUGCAAAUCCACCAUGGCAAGAGCGAAGGCAGUAUGAAGUCGUGCUUUUAGUGCAGAUUUUGGCCUAUAAGAGAGACAGCCUUCUCCUUAUCUAUUAAGGAGGAAUAAAUGCUUGAAGCUGGU